AUGCUCCUCCACCGGCGCCAAAUAUGGGAGACGAGUCGCUCAAAGCUGGGCGAGCGGGAUGUCCUCAAGCCUGCCCAGCCUGGAAAGUCCGAUAAGGACCGCGGCAUCUUCGCGGGUGGGAGUAUACCGAAGUCGCUGAAGACACAGUAA